CUGAGGCACAGAGCAGGACAGUGACUUGCCCAUAGUCGCACAGUAGUCAGUGGGAGAGCCAGGAAUGGAACUAGGAGUUCUGAUGUCUAGUCCUCUGUCAUAACCACUGGAUCAGUCUCUUGGGUAGGGUGAGAACUUGUGGAGGGUGUGAGGGGGUGGGGAGAGAGAAGAGACUGAGCUGAUGGAUGGAGUGCAGAGAAAAGGCUGCAAGAAAGGCGUUGGCAGUGCCAGGGGCAAACCUGCUUUGGGAUAUUCGGAGGCCUGGCUCUGGCUGGGAGCUGGUCACGGGAGCCCAGUGCUGCUGUGGAGGGGACUGGGGCAGUAGCCCGCUUGUCUGCCCACUUGUCUGUGGUAUUGCUGCUGGCUUCCGGGGCUCUUCUUCACCCAGCUGUGCCCACAGCAGGGGGCAAACGGGAGCAUCUUUGGGAGCUGACAGGUGGUGCUUUGAGCACGUGGCAUAUUAAUGGAGCAUGAUCAGUGAGUUAGCCCAGUUCCGAAUCCCAGAGAGAAGCUGGACCAGUGUUUGUUCAGACCUGGCAUCUCAACGUCUCCACAGAGAUGGGAGUCCAGAUUCCAUUCCCCUAGCCCUACAGUUUUACAUCCUCCCUUCUUUCGCUGGACUGGCUGUGGCCUGGGGUUGCUGGUCACUAGCAACUCAGUAGGUGGCCCACCCCCACCCCUCCGGAGCACUGUGCUGCAGGAAAUCGCGUUGGCUUCUCUGAGUCUGUGAUGACCAGCUCCUGCAUGGUGCACGGGGAUUCUCUAUUAGCACAGGGGCUGACUUUUGCAUGGCAGGCUAAGUUCUGACUCCUUCUGGCUGUCAAAAAUCCCAUGGCAUUUUCCUCAAGAGUCCAGGUGUCCUGGCCAGACUGCAGCUGGGAUAGUUUCUCCCUGCCUCCCUAGAUCCCCCUGCAGUUUAAAACAGAUACAGUCUCUUCCUUCCCUGCCCCAAACUGUAGUGUAGGGCUACUGGGUGCUGUUAAUCAGCUGCCACAUUCCACCCCAGAGGUGGCUGCAUGGGUCAGUGGUACUGGUGUCUCGGCCUCUACUGAUGUGAUGACUCUGCUGGCCAGGAGCAUAUGCAGCCACGUGCUGCCUUGCAGUUUCCAUGAAAGAAUCUCUUGUUUCUUUUUAUUUCAGCAAAGACGAGACAGAGGGGGCUGCAAAAGUAGAGGAGUCCCCGAUAGAAGUGUAGCUUGUGUUAACAGCAGUGGUAGGAAUUGGUGAAGGCUAGUGUGCUUCUGGGACUGGGGCUUUUGCCCGCCUGCACCAGGAGGGAUCGUCCACCUCCGCCAGCCUGGAGCAUCAUCUACACGUCUCCCCAGGCAGCUGCGGCCACCUGGCUUCUGAGGCCAGCCUGAUGGCGGAGCCUCGCUUUAACAACCCCUACUUCUGGCCACCCCCUCCCACCAUGCCCAGCCAGGUAAGACCCCCUCCCUACCCUGCAGCAAGAGAAGCGAGGAGGGGCAGCUGUUUGCAGUCGUGGGUGAGGUCCGGCUGCAGAGCAGCGCGAUCCCAGCUGGACAACUUGGUUCUGAUCAAUAAAAUCAAGGAGCAGCUGAUGGCAGAGAAGAUCCGGCCCCCUCACCUGCCCCCCACCUCGGUCUCCUCCCAGCAGCCCCUGCUGGUGCCCCCCUCGCCUGCAGAGAGCAGCCAGUCCAUCAUGUCCCUCCCCAAACUGCAGCAGGUCCCAGGGCUGCACCCACAGGCCGUCCCCCAGCCUGAUGUGGCCCUGCAUGCCCGGCCAGCCACCAGCACGGUCACAGGUCUGGGGCUGGCCUCCCGUGCCACUGCAGUCAGCACCUCGGAAUCCAGCACUGGCACUAGCACCCCCUCCACCCCCACCUCCACCAGUCAGAGCAGACUCAUCGCCUCCUCGCCCACCCUCAUCUCAGGGAUCACCAGCCCCCCGCUCCUGGACUCCAUCAAGACAAUCCAGGGCCACAGCCUGCUGGGGGCGCCCAAACCAGAGCGAGGGCGAAAGAAGAUCAAGGCGGAGAACCCGUCGGGGCCGCCCGUCCUCGUAGUGCCCUAUCCCAUCCUGGCCUCAGGCGAGACAGCUAAGGAGGGCAAAACCUACAGGUGUAAAGUCUGCCCCCUGACCUUCUUCACCAAGUCGGAGAUGCAGAUCCACUCCAAGUCGCACACAGAGGCCAAACCUCACAAGUGCCCGCACUGCUCCAAAUCCUUCGCCAACGCCUCCUACUUGGCCCAGCACCUGCGCAUCCACCUGGGUGUGAAGCCGUAUCACUGCUCUUACUGUGAGAAAUCUUUCCGCCAGCUCUCCCAUCUCCAGCAGCACACCAGAAUUCACACUGGCGACAGACCCUACAAGUGCCCACACCCUGGCUGUGAAAAGGCUUUCACACAGCUCUCCAACCUCCAGUCACACCAGCGACAGCACAACAAGGAUAAGCCCUACAAGUGUCCGAACUGCUACCGGGCGUACUCGGACUCGGCGUCGCUGCAGAUCCACCUCUCUGCACACGCCAUCAAACACGCCAAGGCCUACUGCUGCAGCAUGUGUGGGAGGGCCUACACCUCGGAGACGUAUUUGAUGAAGCACAUGUCCAAACACACCGUGGUGGAACACCUAGUGAGCCAGCACUCACCUCAAAGGACGGAGUCACCCGGCAUCCCAGUGCGGAUCUCGCUCAUCUAAUUUGGGGCUUCCUCGCCCACCCCUACCCUGCGCAGCUCUCCUCCCCCCAAUCCGGAUCGCCAGGGGCCAGGGGGUGGCUUGGAGACGAUCACACAGACCACCCCCCCGGCACCGCCACCGAGUGCCCACGCCUGCCAAGCCACGGGGAGCAACUGCGAAGACACUCAUCUUUUGGGAGAAAUUAAUGAAUUAAUUAAUGUUUGGAAAACACCCCUCGGCCCUGGCUCCGCCCCCAGCACCCUGCCGGGAGAGCCAGGAACUCGUCCACAGUUUUGGUGACAUCCAAAGACUAUUUCAGAGCACUUUGAAUCUCUGUGUUUGGUUUCUUCAUUUUCUUUCUUUUUUUCCCUUCUUUCUUCCCCCACCCUAUUCUCCGUGCUCCUUUCUGCUCUCUUUUGGAUACAAGUAGAUAUAUAUAUAUUGGCCAAGAAGUUGGUGCUGCUAAAACCGAAAACCCGAACUGGACAGAGAAGUGCUGGAUGGCGUGGCGGGCAGGAUCCAGGGCCUGGCACUCGGGAUCCUACAGCCUCAGGAUGAGACUCUGGGACGUGACCAGCCUGGCGCUUGGUAUCUGCUGCCCCUCCUGGACUCUCCGUUGGGAGCCAGCAUGAAAGGGGAAUGGGUUAACCUGUUGGCUGGAGAGGUGAGAUCUGGUGGCGUGGGGACAGGCACUCGAGCAGCAGCCGCAGAAGGGAGACCUUUGUUCCACAGACGUGGCUGUUCCCCGCUGGGGCUUGUCCCUCUGCUGCUUUGUCUAACCUCGUUGGGAUGUUUUGGUUGUUUUCUUUGGUUUGUUUCAUUUGUCCUGGUUCGAGCUGCACAGGACUGGCUGGCUCUGUGGCCAUGCCGUGGUCCAUGCGCAUUUCACCCAUGCCCUCCCGUGGCGGCGCGAGGAAUCGCUGCUGGGGCUCGCCCAGCUGGGGUAAGUGUGGGGGCUGCCGGAGGAGGUGCUCAGCCAACGACAGGGACACAGUCGGGGCUGGCCAAGUUGAUAGAGGGCAGGGCUGGCCAUGCCUGUGUGGAAUCCAGAGAUGUAACCCAUGGAGACCGCAGGUCCCAGCAUGCCAUGCUCUAGUUUGAGCUAAGCAGUAUCCCACCAGAUCAGGAAAGCGCACUGCCUGCUUGGAGCUGUAGUCUGUAGGAUUGGGACAGCGAGUCAGGGAGACUGGCCAGCUCUGGUAUAGUCCCAGCUGUGGGCUCCCCUUUCCAGACCCCAGCUCUGCUAGGCCAGCCAUGGCGGAUGGGAGUGGAGGGGCACUUUGGCCAUGGUGCUGAGGAUCGGGGGCAGGGGCAUGGGAUUUCACAGCAGGAGUUUGGGAGCCUCAGCUGCCCACAGUCCGCUGCCUCCCCCCCACCUCGAGUCCACCUGGUGCUAACUAGGGAUUGUCCUGAGCUAUGAAGGGGUGUUUGCUAAGGAAGAGAGAGGGGGGGAGGGGGGCACUCGCCUCAGGUUAUGUUCUUUGACGUGGAUUGUUUUUCAAUCUCUUCCCCACUAUGGGCAUCCAGUGCUGCUGCUCUGGAAGCCCGGGCAUCACAGCAGCCCAGGCUAUCAGGGUUUCCAGAGUGGCAGCAGCCAGGGGCAAGGGAGCAGCCUGGGGUCUCCUCUCUCUCUGUUACCUCCUGGAUCCUGUGUUUGCUUAUCAAAGGGCUGGGCCCCAGGCAGAGUGUUGCGUGUGGGAGAGGGGAGUCCGCCCCAUGGGAAAGCUCCCUCCAGACUACCCCUACCAGGAAUGUCUCCACCCCCUGCGCCAUGCUGUACAACGGGCUCUGCCCCUCUGCCCAGGUUCCCAGCAGGGCACUGGCAAGCGCUUUCUGCACUGUCACAAGAUUCACAUAGAAACCCCAUACGGUCCCUGAACCCUGCAGUGAGGCUACCGCUGGCCCAGUCCCCGGGGCUUUGGAGCAGUCGGUUGCUGUGGCACCAGUCAGCUGCCGUGCGAAUUUCCCUGUCUCCUGCUGUGUUUGUGCAGGAUGGUAAUGAAGCCACCUGCAGAGCACCUGUUGUCUGGCACCGUAACACCUGGAACAUCUGCUGGCUGGGCACAGCUCCCGUUAGCCCUAUGCGCACUAGGGCUGGUGACUGGCUCCAUUUCUGGCCCAGCUGUAACCCCGCCCAUGCACAGAGCACCUGUCAGUUGUUCUGAACUUGGCUGACCCCACCUGGUUUGCGCUGUCGCUUGUGCUCUGAAACAGGGCCGGUUAGAGUCGGGUCACUUGCAAACCGGGCUGUACUGAGCACAGUGGGGACAUCAGCAGGAGAGUGCAGGGGAAAGCCUGCGUUGCCCCUACACCCUGCUGCUGGCGUUGGAGGAGAGCUGUGAGCCGUGACAUUAGCGGCACUUGGAUCUGAAAUUCUGGUUCACUGAGGUCUGAGUCUGCUGCCAUGAUGAAGCUCUCCCAGAGGUUAGUAGGGCAGGACAAGGCUGUGAGCCCCCCAGCUCCUGGGAUGCAGGGAACAAACCAGCUCCCUCCUGAGCAAACUAAAACGCAGAAGGGGAAGAGGAAAGCUGGCGUGCCCGGGGACUGUGCCUCAGGGGUUGGUUACUCUGUCCUUGGACCGUGUGGCUGGUCAGACGGGCACUGGGAGAAACGCAGAGUGGAGCGGCGUUCCUUCCCCACCUCCCCAGCACCCCCUGGGAAUCAGCCCCCCAGCAGUGCAGUCCCAUGGCAGGGAACCUUGGAGCAGAGUUAGGAGGGAGAAGUCCAGCAACGAGACACGAGGCCCUUCCCUUCCCUGGGGUCACCCCAUUGGGUACAGUAGUGGUACCACAGGCAUGGAUCCCACUGCUCUCCACGUGAUUCCCUCGGGUCACCUGGGGCACCAGCUUGAUCUCUGGCCUUGGGGGGACUGAGCUGAUUUGGGAGCUGCAGAGCCUGCUCUCAGGCCAGAUGGACUGGAGGGGGAUUCUGCCAGCCAAGGGUGCUGUGGAUCUGCCUCUCUGCCCUGCAGAAUCCCACAUGCCAAUCACUCAGAAGCAAAUGCAGCAGGAAGAAUGAUUUGUAACAUGUAAAUACCUCCAGUGCAGCAGCUUUGGAGGGGCCUGGCUCAGCCAGAGUCAACAGCAGCAGCAGGUCCUGCAGGGAACAAUUACACUAGGGUGGGAGCUCAGAGCUAACAGCUCAGCAGGGCCAGGACAGGGUCUAGGUAGGAGCUGGGACUGAUGGAGAGCUCACCUGCUCCAGCUGGAAGCACUGGCUGGCUGCUCACCCACUAACCCAGCUUCUCCCAGCAGGAGGCGCUGUGCAUUGCUGGAGAGAACAUCCUCCCAAGCAGGAGGUGAUACAGCUACCUGUGGCCACUUAAGCCUUUCACUGCCAGGACAGAAACCCUCCCAACCAUGAGAGAUUUAUAAAAGCAGAGCGGAUCCAUCCCAUCCCUCUUCCCCCCACAGCAGCAAAUCAUAGAUCCCUUCCUGUUUGGUGAAACCAAUUCAAUGUAGUAUUAAAAAAGCAGCAAGCAGAUGGGCUUGCCCUCCCCCUUGCCAGCCUCUCUUUUGGAAAGCCAUGCCCAUGCCUGUGUGUGGAUGGAUGGAUGGAUACGUGGAGUUUUAUAUAUAUAUAUACACACACACACGUGUGUGUGUGUGUGUGUAUAUAGAUAUGCACACACACACACGUCUACGUAUAGAGAAGGAAGAAUGCCCAACGUCCCCCAGCCCGCCAAGAAAGACUAGACAAAAACUCAUAUAUAUUAUGUACUCCUUGGUUCCGUUUUGGAUAUUAACUGUUAUUUUUAUACACUUUUUAAGCCUUAACUAUAUCAUUGUUUUACCAGGUUGUUUGUUUAUUGCCUACUCUGUUUAUUAAUUUGAUUCUCUUUUUACCCUACCCUCUGCCCUGACCUUUGUUUCUGAAUCGAUGUUGUACGAUAUUCAAUAUUGUAACCUUUUUGUCAGCAUGUUAAUACUGUGUAAAUAUGCCUCUUAUACAUACUGUUAACACAUCUUUGUUUUUCUUUUUUUUUUUCUAUAUGAAAAUCCAGGCCACGUGUCUCUAGAUCUAGUUAUUACCUUAUUAAAAAAGAAAAGGAUUCUCCCUC